GAUGUGGAUUCCAUGAGGUAGAACCCAAACAGGGAAUGUCAGUCAGUAACGCAAGUCAGUCAGUCAGUAUGUAAUAGCUGCUGGCUUUACGACAGUCUCGUUUCACCCUGUAACGCGAAUCGCCGAGGUUUUACCGCGAAUUUUGUGAUUGAAAUUAUUUCUCCUCAGGAGAAGGAGUAGGGACGAAAAACUGGAGAUCGAAUCAACAUGGGGCUAUUCAAGUGGCCUAUCGAGAGGUCCAAUGUGAGAACAAUGGAGUGCCCUUGGAAAAAGAUGGGUGCUGGUGAUGAUGAUGAUGAUGAUUGUGGCACUGUGGUGUUUAAAAUGCACUGGUUUGGGCCGAUGGUGCUGCCUUGUUAGUGGCUAGGGGGGAGGGAACAAGUCCGUUGCCACCUAUGAGACUAUCUACAACUGAAGAUCGAGGCAAGCCACGGGAUGGUGAUACUACAGCCCAGCUGACCCACCCUGAUGACGACGAGACAACCCUAAGGCAGUUGCUUAUGAGUCUGCAGAAGCAGGUGACAGUGAUGAGCGUCAACUUGAACGCCAAGUUGGACGAACUCCAGCGUUCAGACCGACAGCUGGAGACGACAGUGGCAUUGUGUGAGAUAAGGUCCCAGCUCCAGGAGUUGACAAAAUCUGUCGAAUCGUGUCAGUCUGAGGUGUCGGAAGUGAAGAGGGACAUGGUGGCAAUAAAGCAUGAGGUUGACACGUUCCAGCAGGUCAAAGAGCAGAUUGAAGAGCUCAAAGUAUUUGUCGAUAGACUAGAUGAACAGACUCACAGGCGGAAGCUAAGGCUACUGGAGCAGGGAUUAACAUUCUUUCUGUCUUACACAAUAAUGGCUUCUAUGCUCGGGAUGUUCCAAUUUGGGUACAACACAGGUGUCAUCAAUGCUCCAGAAAACAAUAUUGAAAAAUUUAUGAGAGACGUCUACAGGGAUAGAAAUAAAAAGGAUUUGCAAGAAGAUUCUGCUAAACUUAUGUAUUCCUUCGCCGUGUCGAUAUUUGCAAUAGGUGGAAUGAUUGGAGGAUUCAGUGGUGGUGCAGUCGCUAACAAGUUCGGAAGGAAAGGGGGUCUGCUGAUAAACAAUUUUGUGGGGAUCAGUGGAGCGGCUAUGAUGGCCUUUACAAAAGCAUGUAAUUCAUAUGAAAUGCUUUUCCUAGGAAGGUUCAUUAUUGGUGUUAACUGUGGUUUAAACACUUCCCUUGUGCCUAUGUACAUAUCUGAGAUAGCUCCAUUAAAUCUAAGAGGAGGUUUAGGGACUGUGAAUCAACUGGCUGUGACAGUUGGAUUACUGAUAUCUCAGAUCUUAGGUAUAGAUGAAAUUUUAGGAACAGACGAUGGUUGGCCUGUUCUAUUAGGUUUAGCUAUUUGCCCUGCUGUAAUACAGCUUAUCCUUCUUCCAAUUUGCCCUGAAUCACCAAGAUACCUGCUCAUUACGAAACAAUGGGAGGAAGAAGCACGGAAAGCCUUAAGAAGGUUGCGAGCUUCAAACCAAGUUGAGGAGGAUAUUGAAGAGAUGAGGGCAGAGCAGAGAGCUCAACAAAGUGAAAAUACAGUUUCAAUAUCUGAGCUGAUCUGCUCACCAACCCUUAGGCAACCUCUAAUAAUCAGCAUAGUUAUGCAGUUGUCCCAACAACUGUCAGGGAUUAUUGCUGUUUUUUAUUAUUCCACGGAUAUUUUUAUGAACUCAGGGCUUUCAGAAGAAAUAGCUAAAGACAUGACCAUUGGAAUCGGUGCCAUAAUGGUUAUAAUGACUUUAGCGACUGUCCCACUGAUGGACAGAAUGGGUAGACGGACUCUUCAUUUAUAUGGUCUCGGAGGAAUGUUUAUAUUCUCAAUAUUCAUAACAAUCUCAUUCCUAAUAAAAGAGUUUUUCGGUUAUGUACAGGAAAUGAUAGACUGGAUGUCAUAUUUGUCCGUCGCAUCAACAUUAAUGUUUGUGGUGUUCUUUGCCCUUGGCCCGGGCUCAAUCCCUUGGCUCAUUACUGCGGAGCUCUUCUCCCAGGGGCCAAGGCCUACUGCAAUGUCCAUUGCGGUCCUUGUCAAUUGGCUGGCGAACUUCCUUGUCGGAAUCGGUUUUAAACCGAUGCAGCGAUGCUUAGAAAAUUACACUUUUCUGCCAUUUGCUGUACUCCUUGCUGGUUUCUGGAUCUUCACGUACAAAAAGGUCCCAGAAACAAAAAACAAAACCUUUGAAGAAAUUCUGGUAUUGUUUAGGAAUAACAAUGGAAGAGGAAGUUUGCGAGACAAUAGGCUCUAUGGGAGCACGCUUAACUGUGUGAAUUCAUUAGAGCAACGAUUAGCGACAACAGAGCGCUCAACGGUCAACCCUCUCCCUCAAUCAUUGCUGUGCCCGUGUGAGAGAAAGAUGUUCCUAUCAAGUAAAUACAAUCUCAGACGACAUUCAUCCUACAUUUCUGUGCCAGUUGCUUCCGAGCAUUUUUCUCAAGAUCUGGGUCAACCCGUAAGGCCCCCUCCCCCACUACCUCCGCCACGCCACCCGAACAACGGUGUCUGACAAUGGAGCCGUCUCCUUCGUAACAUCUACAACCCCAGAAUGAACACAUUAUGCCGACAGGCAAACAACAAAGAGAUCACAUUUCUGCAUCCUUCUUUCAUCGUAUUCGACGCCUCUCCCAUGUGUACGCUGUUUUGUUGUUUAAUUGCAACUAGGGCCAACAUCUCUAACAAAAAUUUUUAAAAAAUUAAUAAAACAACUAUCUG